AUGAUACUCAAAGCUCUCGGCAGGGAGAGCGAGCAAGGCUUGUCGAUACUCACUGCCUUCCCACCCAGGCCGCUGGACAUGCCCGAAGACGCGGAGAUCGGCGGCAAGCUGUCGGACAACGAGAGCGUCACGACGACGCAACGACCGCUACGGGUGACGCCGACCGCAGUAGCUCCGACCCUUCGGGAGGGCCCGCAGGCAAGAAGAAGCCCACCGGCAAGGCGAAGAAUGCGGGCGAGAGAACUGCCGCUUCAUCUGGUGGCCGAAAAAGCGGCAGCAGCGGCGGCGGUGGCGGCGCGACGGCGAGGGGGGCGGGCUCGGCCUCGGCCUCGAGCGGGACAAGCGGAGGAGGAGGAGGUAGGGCGGGGGGCGUGCACACCCUCGGUGGGCCCCUCACCCCGCCCGCAGCGAGCCCUCGCAGGAGAGGCAGCGGAGGAGGGAGUUCCGGCAGGCCGGGCACCUCCCCGGCCGCCGCUCCCGGACAGCAGCAGCAGCAACGGAGCAGCUGCAGCAGCCGCCGCACGAAGAGCAGGAGGUGCUGCUGCAGGGUCGAGUGGAUCAUCGCCUUCGCCUUCGGCUGGAGGAGGAGGAGGAGGAGGAGGAGGAGCGGAACUCGAUGCGGUCGCGUCGGCCGUGGCUGCGGCCACCGGAGGCAGCGGGGCGCCCAACAGGAAGCGACCGCGGGGCACGGGCGUCCAGCUCAAGAGCGAGGGGGACAUCGCUGAGCGCUUGCUCACUGCGGUCGGGGGCGGGGGCAAGGGCACCGCGGACCGCUUCUUCCGGAAGGCGAUGAAGCUUGCGGUCGACAAGCAGUACGACCAGAGCCGGGCGGAUGCCCGUGUACGUGCCGCCCUCGGCGGUUGGUACACGGCGGAGGCCAGUGCGACGCAGCGGCGGCUGGGGGACGGCGAGUCUGUCGCUCUCGACAUAUCGUUCUCAAAGGGAGCCGGUGCCAAGAGCCAGCUGACGGAGACCGUGGACCGCAUCCCCCGCGAGCAAGUCUCCGCUGUGGUCCGCAUGAUCGCCCGCGACCCGGAGUCCCGGGAGAUGCUCAAGCCCCACAACUUCGCCGGCUGCAGCCCGCGCAUGUUCUGGUCGCUCGUGCAGCACUGGGGCGGCGACGUCCCGGCGGCGCUCCGCCUCGCCGCGCCCGACGUGGACUGGGGCUUCGUGGAGACCAGGGACAGGAAGCCGUCGGAGAAGGCGGUGGCGAACGCGGCGGCGGAGGAGGCGGAGCGGCUGGAGGCGGAGGACGAGCGGGCGGAGAGGGCGAGGGCCAAGAGGAAGAGGAAGAGGAGGAAGAGGAGAAAGGAGGGCAUCGAGACGGACUCGUCCGAAGAAGAAAAAGAAGAAGAAGAGCAGCCGCACGCGGCGGAAUCUCUUCCAGCCGACGAGGUGUCGGAGGAAGCGCGUGCCGCUUCCGCGGCAGCGGCGGCGGCGGACGCCCGUCGUCGGGCCGCCAACGCCGCCCUCGCCAGGCUUACCGCGUCGCAGCGGCGCCCGGCACCGGCGGCGGCCGGAGGGUCAGCGGCGGCGGCAGCGGUAACGGUAGCUCCGGUUGUGCCUGCCACGGAAGAAGAAAACGGGGAUGGUGUGGAGGAGAAGGAGGAGGAGAAGGAAGAGGAGGAGAUUGACAUGGAGGGUUUGGUGGAGGUAGCGGGAGAGCCCGGGGCCGGGCUUCUUGUGGCGGCCGGGCUGAGGACGCUCGGGCAGCUUGCCGAUCGCGACGAGGAGGACCUGGCGCGACAGCUGGCCGCCCUGCAGCAGCAGCAGCAGCAGCAAGAGAGAGAUGCCGGCGAAGGGCCUGCUGCCGGGGAAGGAGCGGCGGCAGAUGGAGGUGCGGGUGGCGGCGGCGGCGGCAGUGGCAGCGGAGAGAAGGCCAGGGUCACCGCGGAGGAGGUUUCCGAGUGGGUGCAGGGAGCGAGGGGGGAGGAGCUGGAUGAGAUCAUGGCGGACAUUGUCGGAGGGAACGAGGACGUGAUCGAGGCGUUGGAAGAAGUGUCGGUGUCAACCCCGAGGGACCUCGUGCGGAUGGGCGCGUUCCCGGACGUCUUGGUCGGAGACCGUCAGGGACAAAGUGGGCGCCGAGCGCUUCGCGCCGCUCGCGGGUCUGGUCACGGCCGAAGCGGUGGAGACGUGGCGGAGGAAGGGCGACCGCUUGCUGGAACAAAGGCCGUGGCUGGAGCUCUGGGUGCACCAGGGUCGGGUGUGCGACAGAGGGCGAACUGCUUGCUGGAGCAAAAGCUGGUCGUCCCUCAGAUGGGUAUGGGUGUACGUAGGUCGGGUGAGGCGUACAGAUUAUGACGAUUGUUUUUGGACAACCAAUACCGCGGUUUUAUGGAUAGCAGUCGGCGCCGUGCUAGCCUGGCGCUUGAGCGGAGAACGGGAGAGACAGAAAGAUGGUCGAUGGAUGCUAUGGCUAUCGACUUGGGGGUGCAAGGGCGUGUAGAAAGUGUCGCCUGUACACAGCUAUGGAUUGCCUGGAAGCGUCAGGGGAUCACCGGGGUAUGGAGGCCGGUGCUCGACGCAACAAGGCGUGCUGCCAGCAAAAGAGCAAAUCGAUAUGGAAGAUUUUCUUGCUCCCAGUUCGUGAUUUUCAGGCAAUCUGUGUCGCGACUGCUGGUCAUGGACCAAGAGUGUGGGACCGUGAAUGUUGUGGUUUAGCCCCGCACCACAGCUGGUUGACGACACGAUAUGUGAAGUCACAGCGUAGGUUGGUUUUGUAUAGUAUGCGGAUGUACGAUUUGGCUUCGGGAAGGGGGUAUCGCUGGUACGCAGUGCUUCUUCCUAGGGUUGGGGGCACGUCGUGGGUGCCGAAGCGAAAUCAGGGGUGGGGGGGGCGAGUUCAUGCCGUCUGCCCGGUAUUUCGUUCCUGUUCUAUUGUUGCGGACCCGAGGAGGUCGACAGCGUGGAAUCAUUUGUUGGUGGUGUUCUUCUAGUAACGAAGCCUUCGGC